UCCUUCGCCCCCCUCUCCCCCUGUUCGGUCUUUUUUUUUUCUCCUUUGGAUUCUUUGCUUCGUUUGCUUUAGAAGAAAGAAAGAAAGAAAACCCUUGCCACAAAGACCAUGGGUGUCCUCACCGUGGUCGAAGACAGACCGACGCCCUCUGCUGUCUACAACUGGCGUAUCUACCUGCUGGCGGCCAUUGCAUCAUGCGGUUCCUGUAUGAUUGGGUACACGAGUGCCUUCAUCGGCACGACUAUCACCCUGGACUCGUUUGAAUCAGAGUUUGGCUUUGACACCAUGUCUACCGAGCAUGUCGAUCUCAUCAGCGAGAACAUCGUCUCCUUUUUCAUUGCCGGUGCCUUCUUCGGUGCCCUCUUGACCUACCCCAUCGGUCAUUUCCUGGGCCGUAAAUGGAGUUUGGUCAUUGCUUCAUCCGUCUUCACUCUCGGCGCCGGUCUGCAGCUCGGGGCAAACAGCAAGACUGGCCUCGGGAUCAUGUAUGCUGGACGGGUGCUGUCCGGGCUGGGUACCGGUACGGCAUCGAACAUCAUCCCGAUCUACAUCUCUGAGUUGGCCCCGCCGGCAAUCCGUGGCCGACUCGUUGGACUGUACGAGUUGGGCUGGCAGACUGGAGGCCUGGUUGGCUUCUGGAUCAACUAUGGCGUUGAGAAACAUGUGCCCUCUAGCAACAAGCAGUGGCUCAUCCCCUUUGCUGUGCAGCUGAUUCCCUCCGGAUUACUCUUCGUCGGAGCCUUGUGGAUCAAGGAAUCCCCUCGUUGGCUCUUCCUCAAGGGACGACGGAGCCAGGCCAUGAAGAACCUGACCUGGAUCCGCCAAUUGGAAGAAUCGGACAUCUACAUGGUUGAAGAGGUCGCCGCCAUUGACCAAGCACAUGAGGAGCAGGCUUCCACAGUCGGCGUCGGCUUCUGGAAGCCCUUCCAGAGCGUUGCCACGCGCCCUCGGAUCCUGUACCGACUCUUCCUGGGCUGCAUGCUCUUCCUGUGGCAGAACGCCUCCGGCAUCAACGCCAUCAACUACUACAGCCCGACCAUCUUCACCAGCAUCGGGGUCUCGAAAAGCGCGGUCGGCUGGACCACCGGCAUUUUCGGUGUCGUCAAGACCAUCAUGACCUUCAUCUGGCUCCUGUACCUGGUCGACCAGCUGGGCCGCCGCAAGCUCCUCCUCAUCGGCGCCAUCACCGGCUCCAUCUGUAUGUGGGUCAUCGGCGCCUACAUCUGCGUCGUCCGACCCGAUGAGCACCCCAGCGAAACCCUCAACGGCGGCGGUAUUGCCGCCAUCUUCUUCUUCUACCUCUGGACGGCCGUCUACACCCCGACGUGGAACGGAACGCCCUGGGUUAUCAACUCGGAACUCUUUGACCCCAACAUUCGUGCCCUGGCCCAGGCGGCCACCACUGCCAACAACUGGCUGUGGAACUUCCUCAUCUCGCGCUUCACGAAGCAGAUGUUCGCCACCAUGUUCUACGGAGUGUACUUCUUCUUCGCCGCGCUCUCCUUCUGCGCCUUCUUCUACGCCUUCUUCCUCAUCCCGGAGACCAAGGGUAUUCCGCUGGAGAAGAUCGACCGGCUGUUCGAGAUCAAGCCCGUGUGGAAGGCGAACGAGAUUCUGAUGGAGCAGUUGAAGGAGGAUGAGGCCGAUUUCCGCCACGACAUGAAGUCUCGGAGCGAGGAAAUCGAACGGACCUCUGAGUUGAGCGAUGAUGCAUAGAUGCAUCUAUUCUCGCCUUUUGUUUUUUUGUUAUCAAUAUAGAAUUAUAGAACAUGUAUAGUGUAUAGAAUAGAUACAACGACCGAAACGGCAUAGAUCGUUUGCAACAGAUUAUUCGUCUUAUACCAUCCUUCUAUCUAUAAAAUAUGUUUCUUUACUGGU